UGCAUUAAUGACUUUAAUGAAUGAUUUGGUGACGUGUUAAGACUAUCUGUAUCGGGUUUAAUAUAAGAUAGACUUAGAUUGGAAUUCACCCCUCUAUCACAGAAGGUUCCCAACUUUAUAUUAAACAAUACACAGAUCGAGGUUUUGCAGACGACUGCAUCGUUUUGGUGAAUAAGUGACCCGUGAAGAAGUUCAUCGCGCACGGCUCGGUCCGAGGUAGACGGGUCACGACGCAUGCAAGGUGCAAUGUUUGUAUUCUAGCCGGGGAGUUCAAUACAGUUUAUAGUUGUGAACCACGUUUUUGGAAAUGUCACGACGAAAACAGUCCAACCCUAAACCUGUCAUUCGGUUAUCAGAAAAUGAUGACAGUGACUCGGCGAUGGAAAAGGAGAUGUCGAUUGAGGAAAAUGGCGAGAACAAACCAACGGAUCAUUCCAGUGACUCGCAGAACGGUGCUUCGGACCAAGAAGAACCGGAAGUGAGUUUAAAGGUGUCGGAAGUACAGACAAAUAAAGAACAAUUAGACAUCACUGUGAAAAGUGAAGCUUCCGAGAGCGAAAUGAUUUUAGAAAGUUGUAACUCUUUAAAAAGAGUCAGUGUGCCAAACAACAUCUUGUUUCUGAAGAGACUAGAUGAGGAGGAUGCGAACAUCGCAGGUCGCUCCUGUCUUUUAUUCAGUGCUAUCCCAUUGCCUUCUGGGAGCUGUAUUGGUCCCUUCAAAGGAGAAAUUGUCUCCCUUAGUUCCAUCAAACAAGGAGACUUGGUCCUACAGGCCCAAGAGAAGGAGGGUGAGGCCGGAUUUGUGAGGGUCCUGUGUGAUAAUGGUUCAUGGUUAUCAUUGCUGCGCCCCGCCCCCAGUGAAUCCGCCAAAAACGCCUCAGUGUAUUUUGAAGACGGAAAAAUCUGGUGUGAAAUUGUGAGUGACUUGAGUCCAGGAACAGAAUUGUUGGCAUCUUUUACGAUUAACUCGAAUAACUUACCAGAAAGUGACGUCACAUCUCCUGAGGCGCAGUCGACGGACGAACCAAUGGAGACAACCCAUGUACCAAAAGUUGAAACCCAUUUGCCGAAAAGUCCACCUGCUCCAAGUGUGGAUAAACCUGUUCCCUCACAUGCGGCCCUUUUGUAUGGUUGCCAAUUCUGUGGUGUUCGGUUUAGCAGUCUAAGGACUCUACAGGGUCAUCUGACCUUCUAUUGCUCCAAGAAACCCCAACUACCAGGGCAACAGUCGGAGGAGAAUGACUGCACAGAAAAUGACAAAGCUGGAAUGCGUACUGCGAAAAAGAGAACUCUCUCUGAGAGAUCACAGAGUCCUGAUGGGAAGUUUUCCUCGCCAAGUCCUGGGAAAUCCGACGUUUCAUCAGAAUCGGACGGCGUUCCAGCUAAAGUGCCAAAACCGGAACUAUUCAAGUGCGAUAUGUGUUCCUAUUCUAUUGACAAGCUGUCCAGUCUGAACCGUCAUAAACGAAUCCAUAAUAGGGGCGACAACUCGGCGAUGGAACACCAACACAUUGCUUCUAAACAAGACACUUAUUGCAAAGACUGUAACAUUCAGUUUUCUUCCUUCAGCACAUACAAGUGUCACAAGGAAGUGUACUGUUCCAAAAGGUUCGUAGGAGUUGGUGCUCCUUCUCCUUCGCCUAAGCUGAUCAGUCCUGGAAGUGAUCCUGGGAGACUAAUGUUGUCUCCAGCAACUCUCCAGCAGGCAAUGAUCGGUGUAUCCACAAAAAUGAGCAACGGGCAACCGCGUGUUAUUGUUGCUCCUCCUUUAUUGGUAUCUUCAAAGGAAUCUUCUGAUAUUAACUAUAGUUAUCCUACAGUUAUAGUACAACCUGUAUUACCGACGCUAGGUGAACGCAAAACGCCACCAAAGGAACUUAGAGAAACUCGGAUCUCAACCUCGAGUUCCCCAGACAUGCCGUUAGAUUUAAGCACGUCCAAAAGCGAUAGUCCAAAAUCCUCUUUUUCGACGACAUCAAAAGCCAAAACAGAAAUAGAAGAGGAACAAACCAAAGAGUUGGACCUUUCGAUCAAAGUAAAAGAAGAAAGAUUAAGUCCGAAAUCGUCGUCCUCGAUGUCGCCCUCUUCCAGACAGAUGGUGACACCCAAGUCUUCUCCAAGCUCCCCAAACAGCCAGAGAAGCGACGAACACUCUAUGUCAGAGUUACCUCGCCUGAUGGCAUCCCCCAUUCCGCCCCUAAUCACUGUUCCGCAGCUGUCUUAUAUGGGAAAACCAGUUCCUGCGUUACCCCACUCCGUCAGUAAAUGCACGGACUGCAACAUCGUCUUCUACAAACGUGAAAACUAUCUGAUACAUAAAAAGCAUUACUGUUCUAGUCGCCAAAACAAAUCCACGUCAGAAGACGAAGACGGAAGUGCUGACCUGUUGUCAAGACGACAGGCUAUCGGUGCACGUUCGAUUGCCACUCCUGAACGUACGCAUUCCACGGAUAGCUCUGAAAAGUCUCCUCAAGGGAAAACUGAAGUCAAAGAACCGGUUACACCAGGACAGACAGCAAAGUCUCCCCAGGAUGAAAAACUGAGUCCAUCCAGAACACGAGAGGCGGGGGAAAUAAUCUACCGAUUCUAUUGUGUUCCUUGCAAAAUAAAAUUCAGUUCUGCGAGUACUUUGCAAGCACACAAAGAGUUCUAUUGUCCGCAUGGAAAAGAAAGCGAACAUACAGUUGUAGGGAAGAACAGAAUGGAAGGAAAAUCGUCUCCAAAAUCGGACGAGGAGGCCAUAAAGUGUCCUCGUUGUGAGGUGAUGAUGCCGUCCUCUAGACACCUAAAGAUGCAUUUCUGUACGGGAGUCUCCAGUCAGAUGCCAAUAUUUCGGUGCAUUUACUGUGAUUUCGUCACUCAAACCGAAACAAGACUGUCGGAACACAUGAAGGCCCACAUGCCCAACAAAGCAUAUCGCUGCACUCUAUGUGGAUAUCGCGGAAAUACUGUGCGUGGAAUGAGAAUGCAUGGCAAGGUCCAUCUGGAUAAUGGAGAGGAAUUUACGGAUGAUCACAUGAUAGAGAUUGAGGAACCGCCGCUGAUGCCAAUAAAACUAGGAGACCACGUUUCAUCAGAAGCCGGACCAAUAGACGUGGAAGCAGAGUUGAUCCGUCUAAAGAACGAACCCUACAAAAGGCGACGCUCAAGAAAGUCCUACGAAAAAGCAGAACACGCGUCUUCAAUACCAAGAAACUUUUCUAGUAUGUGUAUGUAUUGUGGACAAAUCUUUACAGACAUUUCAAACUUCGCCAUGCAUUUGAAACUUCACGAGAUGAUAGCCCUCCAAGCGGCUGGGGUUCAGAACUACAAAUGUCAAUAUUGCACAUCUUUAUGUGACUCUUUUGAGUCUUUGAUGGCGCAUGUUUACAACAAGCACCCGGAAAAAAUUCCUCGAGACCAGUCUAGUCCAGGAUCGACUUCUCGAUCAAGCCCAGGUACAACCAAAACGCCAGAGCAGAAAUCCCCCUCUCCCCAGCCAGAUCAACCUGUCAUAAAAACCGAGCCACAAUCUUCAGCAGAGGAAGAGGAGGAGUCCCGUGAAACAACGGAUCAGGAGUUGGUUCCCGUCAAGAGAGAAGCCACUACUGAUAGCGAGGAAAGUGGAAAUACCGAAAACAUUCCAAACGAAACGCUGUCUUCUUCCAAAAGAAUCAAAGAGGAAGUGCAAAGUGAAAGUUCAAGGUCACCCUUGGAGACCUCCAUUGUAAAUAGAGACCUACCAAAAAGUGCUUCCUCUUCCCCUAGAUCUCAGAAAUCCCCAAUUAGUCGCGAUUCUACGCCCAAAACCAAAUCAGAGAAUCCAGAAACGGUCGAUAAAAAAUCCUCCCUAAUGAUUCCCCGAGUUGAUCCUCAAAUGAUGCCAUACUAUCACGUGGUCCCUGCAGCUUUCCAUGUCCUACCAAACAUGGUAAGCCCUGUGUCGUCACAGAUUGGACAGUCGCCAAAACGAACGGACAAGUACUGUCGCCAUUGUGAUAUCUCAUUUACCUACAAAAACUCUUACCUAGCACACAAAAAGUACUAUUGCAGUGCCAACAUGUCGUCGGAGGAAAUGACUUCUCCUGCGCAAGCGUAGAAGAUAACAUUCCUUUAAUUUCUAUGGUAUUUUGAUGCAAAACCUGAUAGACUAUUCGGUAGCUUUUUUUAAAGUUACUUGUAUGAACGAGUGGUAAUUUUAGCCGCGAUUGACAUAUUAUUUUAUAUACAUCAGGAUGUUUUUUGUGUAUGAUUUGAAUCGGUGCUUCAACCCAAUUCACGCCAUUGCUAUUGGUUGAUUCAAAUUUUUGAAUUUUGUUGCGUUCACACUGUGUUUAGUGAUUAUUUAUUGUUACAUAUAUGUGUUCAUAUUUAAUCCGUUUCUAAGUAAAAAUAAAAGAUAAAAAAAA